GUCACCGUCAUGGCGGCCUCGCUUAUGCUGCGGCAAGGACGGUCCGGGGCGCUGAAGACUAUGCUCCUAGAAGCACGAGUGUUUCGAGGACUUGCUUCCACGGUUUGUCUCUCUGCAGAAUCAGGGAAGAGUGAAAAGGGACUGCCACCGAAUUCCAAGAGGCAAAGUCCACCAAAAAAUGUAGUGGAACCAAAGGAGAGGGGCAAGCUACUAGCCACCCCAACAGCAGCUGAAUUGUCCAAAAACUUGUCUUCACCCAGUUCUUACCCAUCAGUUGUGAAUCAGGGCGGGAUGGUAGCUAGCCCUCGCCCCAGUCCCGAUGAUAGCAUGCUAUUCACAGAUGAAGGGGUUCCAGAGUUUUUGUCAAGAAAGACUUUGGUAGAGUUUCCUCAGAAAGUUCUGCCUCCAUUCAGAAAACAGGGUUCGGAUUCAGAAGCUCUUCAGGAGAACAGGGGAGGGACAGAUGAUUCAUCAUCCUGUUCGUCUAGCUCCUCCGACUCAGAGUCUGACGGGGAGGGUGGCGCCUCCAAGGUUGAUCCUCAGAUGAUGAGCAAGGGCAAAGGAGGGCUUCCCAAACCGCAGGCCUCCCGUUCCCUUGAAAACAGAGCCUCCAAAAUUGCAACAUCAGCCAAAGAGAAGACCCAGUCACAGCAGGGACAGCCAGACCUCAGCCCUCCAGAGAGACCCCGUCAGGCAAAGAAGAAAGGGCCCACUGUGAAGCCAUUAGAGGACAGAAAAGACACUAAACCAAAAACCACAACACCCAAGUUACAAGCAGAUAAAGAGUUUAUGAAGCAAAACGUCAAGGAAAAACAAAUGGAGAAAAUAUUUAGAUCAAGUGAAAAUGAUAAAGGAAGUCAAAUGCCACUUGAAGUUAAAAAAGUCUUACCUGACCAUAUAAAAUCCGGAUCGUCUACACAGCCGGCUGGCAGCCCGGCGCCCAUGCAGCUGUCUGAAGGAACCAAAGAAACUAGAGCGGCAGGACAGCUGCACGCACCUCCCGCGACCAGAGAAAGGCAUUUGGAAAAACAGGAAUUGGAACAUGGUGGAGAGGUGGCAUUUCCCCCCGUUGACAAGGAAAGUUCGGGAAAGCAGGUAACAGGAGGAAUCCUGAAGGCUAAAGAGAUUUUGGAAGACCAGGUACCAGGACGACAUCUGAAGCCAGGUCCUGUUCCAAAGGAAGGCGUUUUCGAGGAAAAGACCACAGGGCUGGAGCUUGAGGGAAAAGAGAUGGCUGUAGAGUCGGCGCCUCGCCUGGAAGAGCCGGACGACACACAGGAGCCUGCUCAAGCCGCUGGCCUUGCUGAGCCGUUCGACAACACCACGUACAGGAACCUCCAGCACCAUGACUACACCCCGUACACCUUCUUAGACCUCAACCUGGACCUGUCCAAGUUCAGGAUGCCUCAGCCCUCUUCAGGACGGGAGUCACCUCGCCACUGAGCGCUCCCUUGAGAGAGUAAACCUUCCCCUGUCUGGGCAGCAGAAAUAAAAUCCGCUCCAGUCAUGAGGCC